ACAAUAAAAUGUCGAAUGUCAGCCUCAUGGCAAUACAUCAUUCGGAAUCCCUCGCUAAAUGUUCUGCUAUGUGUGAUGAACUUUGCGCUUGUUUUGGUUUUAAUCCCCAACAACAGAAUUGCCGUGUCCAUCAGUCAUGUAACCCAUCAGACAUGACCGUUAUUGAAACAGGAUGGAGGAAUUUUUAUGCUAACGGGCGUAAGAAUGUUCUGAAAAGUAGCUGCAUGGAAAUUUUACAAAGUGACCCAACUGUGAAAGGAAAAGAUGGGGUAUAUUCGAUAAAUGUCACUGAUCAAAAAAAGACAGUGUACUGUGACAUGACUACAGAUGGAGGGGGCUGGACGGUUAUUCAAAAACGACAGGAUGGCUCAACAGACCUUUAUAAGACUUGGGCAGAGUACAAGAAAGGAUUUGGAGACCCAUCCACAAACUAUUGGAUUGGGAACGAUGCAAUUCACACUUUAACAAUGAACAAUCAGGAACUACGAGUGGAUCUUUUGAGUUUUGAUGACGCGACAGCGUACGCCCUGUACUCCGCAUUUAACAUUGGAGACGAGAGCAGUAAAUACCGGCUUACAUUGACGGGGUAUAGUGGAACGGCGGGCGACAGUUUGGGGUACCACAAUGGACAGAAUUUCAGUACAUGGGAUCAGGAUAAUGACGUAGACAGUCGUCACUCUGCGGUCGACUUUCACGGAGCCUGGUGGUACUACUACGGUGCUUACUCCAACCUGAAGGGAGAAUACGCCGGGUCUGCUGUCACUAGUCACACACACCCCGUCUGGUUCAGUUGGAAAUCUUAUACAACGUUAAAAGGGACAGUAAUGCAGAUUAAGCACAAGAAUUAACAUCAAUAUGUACCGCACUUAACAUCUUUUAACAUCAAUAUUUACCGUAUUUAACAGAUCUGUUAACAUCAAUAUAUAUUACGCUUAAUAGAUAUGUUAACAUCAAUAUACAACGCGCUUAACAGAGCUGUUAACAUCAUAUACACCGCGCUUAACAGAUCUGUUAACAUCAAUAUAUACCGCGCUUAACAUAUCUGUUAACAUAAAUAUAUAUAGCAUUUAACAGAUCUGUUAACAUCAAUCUAUACCGCGCUUAACAGAUAUGUUAACAUCAAUAUAUACUGCAUUUAACAGAUCUAAUAAGACCCCUGAAUUAACGUCAAUAUAUACCAUGUUUAACAGAUCUGAUAAGACCUAAGAAUUAACAUUAAUAUAUACCGCAUUUAACAGAUUACGAAAUUAUAUCCUGGAUUUACUUAUUUUACAUCAGAUAUAUAUGAUGAAGAAGGAUAGUAACGGAUAAUUCAUCAAUAUGAAUGAAAUUAUCAGGCAUUUCCACAAUCCAAUGUUUUAUUGAGUAGUGAACAUUUAUUAGUAUAAGUCACUGAUUAUUAAACUCUGACAAAUGAUCUAUGUAGUACAUGGUCUGUAUUAGUUUGAUCAACACAUGAAUGUUUGUGGUGUAUUAUCAAUUGUCAUAAUAAAUGCUUGUAAAUAUUGUAAAUAUGUAUGCCAUUGAAUGGCUUCCUAAAGAAAUAAUUUGCAUUCCAGAAAAUAAUCAUCAUAAAGACUUCUUAUUUUGAUGCAAGGUGAAGAUAACGAACAUAACAAAUUUUAAAAAUAAAAACAAUUAUCAAUUGUGAACAAUUAUCGUCUCAUUAAUGAUGAUUUAUUAUUGUGGGGUGGUGAAUAUAUUUUUGUAGAGAACAAUAUGCCUUUUGUUAGCUUACAGAAAGAUAUCCGUGAUACCGGUCGUUUUCAUUUUCUUAAUAUUCAAGCAUUAAAUUGGUACCGUACAAGUUUUACAUUGUAACAUUGUAAGCGAUAAAAAUAUAUGAUAGUAUCAUGCUUUCUCCGCUUUUUUCACACUAAUGAAUAUCUAAAUAGUCACUUAUACAUUAUGAUAGUAUCAUGCUUUGUCUUUUCUCACACUCAUGAAUGUUUAAAUGGUAACCUAUAUAUUGUAUGACAUAUGUAAUUGUAUGAUCUGUAUUUCGUAAAUAAAUCGC